AGUCUCUCGCAGCGAAGAUUAGUUGGUGUGGAGAAGUGAGAACGGAAAGUGGCUCUCUCGAUUGUGUGGUAGACUUGAGUGACUCGGAGAGACCGCCGUGUGGAAGUACUACUAUAAUACUACUGCUGCUGCUGCUGCACUACACUGAUCUUUGACAAUGACCGACCUGGGAAUCAGCGAAGUUACAGAAUGGUACCGCAACAAAACCGUCUUCAUCACGGGCGGCACUGGGUUCAUGGGGAAGGUCCUGGUGGAGAAACUCCUUCGGUCUUGCCCCGUCAGGAGAAUCUACCUCUUGAUGCGACCGAAGAGAGGAGUUGACGUCGAACAGCGUUUGGAUGACAUGUUCAACUACAAGGGUCCUUUUGAACCAUCACUUUCGUCCUCUCUCUCCGGAGCAAGUAACCAGAGGACUACGCUCUUCGACAGAAUCAAGCAGACGCAGCCGGAGGUGCUGCAGAAGGUGUUCGCCGUCAAAGGGGACAUCACGAUGGAGGGCCUGGGGCUUACUGACGAAGACGAAGCACGUCUCUCCGAAGAAGUCCAGAUUCUCUUCCACGCCGCUGCCACUAUCAAUUUCACAGAACCAAUGCGUGUUGCCGUCAACAUGAAUAUGUUGGGAACCAAACGCGUCGUGAGCCUCGCCAAGAAAAUGACUAACUUGCAGGCUUUGGUGCACGUGUCUACAGCGUACGCCAACUGCCACCUUCAAGAAGUCUACGAAGAUCUGUAUCCAGCACCUAUGGAUCCAGGACGACUCAUUCAGCUGACAGAAUGGCUGGAUGACAAACUCUUGGAAGAAAUCACUCCUCGCCUGGUCGAGCCCAGACCCAACACUUACACAUACACCAAAGCCCUGGCAGAGCAUCUGCUCUUCAACGACGGUGUAAACCUUCCCAUUGCUGUCAUCAGACCCUCAAUUGUAUGUGGAUCAUGGCUGGAGCCAGUGCCUGGUUGGGUGGACAACCUCUUCGCCUUCACUGGACUUCUUGUUGGGAUGGGAAAGGGCGUCCUGCGAUCUCUCUAUGUCAGGGACGACAUCAAGCUGGACUUCAUCCCUGUCGAUGUCCCCAUCAAUCUGAUGCUGGUUGCUGCCUGGAACACAGCUGUUCAGAGAUACAAACCAGACACCGCCCCUAUCUUUUGCUGCUCUACCGGCUCCCAGAAGCCUCUGACCAUGAAGGCCCUCCAGGAUUACUUGAAGAAGUCCGUCCGGGCUUUCCCAUUCAACUCUCCUCUCUGGUAUCCGGAUGGAUCACCCAAGAAUUCCAAGGUCAUGCAUCAGCUGCACGUCUACUGCGUUAAUAUCAUUCCUGCCUACAUUGCUGACUUUAUCAUGAAGAUGCUUGGGAAGAAGCCCAUUGCUGUGAAACUGUGCAACAAGAUGGUCAAGGCUGUGAGUGCACUGGAGUACUUCAUGCUGAGGGACUGGACUUUCCACACCACAAAGACCCAGAAUCUCUGGAAAAGCCUGACGCCCGCAGACCAGAGCAUCUACCACUUCGACGUCUCAGACUUGGACUGGGACGACUACAUCGAGUCCUACCAGAAAGGCUGCAAGCAGUACAUCAUGAAGGAGGAGCUGUCCUCCGUCCCGUACGCAAAGAAGGUCAUGAGCAGAAUGCACAUCCUGCACCGCCUGGUCCAGGUGGCGAUGAUGUACGGAGUGUGGUGCCUCCUCUCCAACGAAACUGCCACGGCUUUCUACACCUCUUUCUUCAACGGCGCCGCGCAGCUCUUGUCCCUGACCCCUGCCUUCGUCGCAGCAGAAGAAGCAGAACUGUCAGAUUUGCCAGAGAUGUCUGCAUUGCCCGAGUUGUCGUCAUAGGGGUUCUGUUCCGCACGCUCACAAUUAAGUCAGCCAGUCGCCUAGGAUGUACUUGGCCCCACUAAGCGUGAAGGACAAUUUAGUUUUGUUCUAUGACCAGGAGGAGGAGGAGGAGGAGGAGGAGAGUGAAUCAAGUGUGGACCAUCUGUGUGUGCCAUAGAAGAUUAAAUUGCAACUAGGGCUUAGUACAGGAAGUACAGUCAUAUUAUCUGUAGCCUAGGAAGAGAGUUGUGGCCAGGGUGACGACAUCCGACGGGGCAACGCGCUUGACUUGACAUCAGGAUUCAAACGGGCUGCUACAACAGGAGCCAGAGCCCGUGCUGGCACAAGGCCAGCCUCAUCUAAAACAACACCAUCUACCUCGUGAGCUUUUGACUUAAAGAGACUGAGGGAGUCUUCACCUGUGUGCUUCAACAACGAGGGCAUUUUCUUGCUUGCUAAAGUAGUGAUACCCGAGUGUGUCAUUAGUCCAUUGCCUUUGCUUAACUCUAGAUUCUAAUAGCCUCGAAAAGAAAGAAAUUGUCUUCUGAAGGAGGAGUCAGAGAGGUAUGUCUGAUUCGUGACUGUUUUAUUCGUUUCUUCGCCAGCCGGAAAAAGCAAAGCAUUUUAGAAUGUUCAUCACAAAGGCAAUUUGUGAAUCACUGUAAUGCAGCUUAGCAAUUGCUGUUACGGUCAUCAUAAAAAUGCUCAAUAUACCAGCGUUUUAUGGUUUCAAAGGUGUUAGUGAUAUAAUGCCUCUGGUUGUAUAUACGUAUAUUAAGCGUGAUGAAAUUUUUACCCAGGAAAUCCCGGAAUCUGUACGUUAGCGGUUUUCUCUCUGUGAGAAUGCAUGUUAGCGCGGGACUGGCUUGUAACAAUGAUUGUCCGAGACCUGUUACAGACAAGACAGGUUUCCCCCUUUCUGAUAAAGCUGUGUAUUCUUUUAAAUGCUGGUAUACUUUAAGUUUGAUGGUAUGUUUCUUGAGAACUUGGAUUCCGAAAUUUUGAGUUGUAUUCAUUUGUUCUUUUGUCACGUUUUUUCCCCAUUUCUUUUUCGUUGUUCUUUGUAAAGGUUUGGAAACAAAGUACAAAGCCAAAAAGGAAAGCACUUUCUGAGCUACGUCUUCGACUUCAAAGUAAUUGAGAAUUCUCCAUUGUAAUUUGUAAAACACUUUUUAAAAUGAUUUGUCGCAAGCAAUUUUGUCCCAAGUAUCAGGAGCAUAAGUCUUCAUGUGCAGUAUUUGUUGUGACAGAGAAUGGGAUGUCAAUUCAUAGUUUCUUUGUUGCACACUUAAACGUUUUCUUCUCCAUUAAUUUAUCGUAGUUUUGCUUCUCGGUUAAGGCACAUGUCAUGCCAUCUAGACUCGAUGCAGUGUGUACAUAUAGUUGCAAGGAAAUGGAUGUGAAGCAUUCUUUCUUUGGUUGUAGUAGGUGAAGAUGAAGGCGGUAUAUACUAUCUGUUUCAUUGAAUGGGGUGACAUAUGUCUUAGCUGUGAGUGACAUUGUUUUCUGUAGGGAUGUCUAGUAUAUAGAACAUGCAAAGAUGCCUCGGAACCUUUGUAUCUUGGCCUCUGCGAGGGAAAUGCACUGUUAGUAAUUUAAAAAAAAAAAAAAAAGUGUGCAGUUCUGUAGUCAAUACUAAAGAUAGUACACUUCAGAAAGACCAUUUCACAAGUCUAUUCUUCAGAAUUAGAUGUAAUCCCAGUUUCCUCUCGUAAGAGAGGAUGCUAUCAAGAUGAUUUUAUCCAUAUUGACUGGAGUAAACAGCCCUUGUUCCGAAAAGACAGUAACAGAAUUAUUGCUAAAACGAAUAGAAUGUUUAUCAUCCCAUUUGAAAUUAGGUUACGUAGCAAAGAUUCUCAGAACUGCAGGGAAGUGGCGUAUAAUUAAACAGUUACAUAGCAAUAUGUAUGGUUAUAGUUUCUGUAAUUAGCACCAAAAUGGAAAUUGUGUGGGAAGUUCAUUAUUCCCCUCUCAAGCGAUGACUUGAUUGGUGACAUUUUUGGCUAAAUGGGACAGUAUUCCCUUUGUAAAUUAUCUGCGGGGAUGGUCACCGUCACUCCACAAAGUCAGAGAGGAUUUCUGUCACAAUAUAAUAUGAAAGGAUUAUUGUCUUUUUGUCAAUAUUAAAGGGAUAUCUUCUUUUUUCAACAGUAAAAUAAAUGUCUUCUUUUUGCAAUACUAGAUGGAUGUCUUAUUUUUACAAUAUUAAAGGGAUGUCUUCUUUUUUGCAAUACUAAAGGGAUGUCUUCUAUUUUCAAUAGAAAGGGAUGUCUUCAUUUUGCAAUAUUCAAGGAUAUCUUCUUUUUUCAGUACUAAAAUGAAUGUCUUCUUUUUGCAAUACUAGAGGGAUGUCUUAUUUUUACAAUAUUUAAGUGAAUAUCUUCUUUUUCUCAAUAUGAAAGGGAUGUUUUCUUUUUGCAAUAUUAACGGGAUAUCUUAUUUUUUUCAAUAAAAAGGGAUGUUUUCUUUUUGCAAUAUUAACGGGAUGUCUUAUUUUUUUCAAUAGAAAGGGGUGUUUUCUUUUUGCAAUAUUAACGGGAUGUCUUAUUUUUACAAUAGUAAAGGAUAUCUUCUUUUUCAAUACUAAAGUGAAUGUCUCCAUUUUUGCAAUACUAAAGGGAUGUCUUCUUUUCUCGAUAUGAGAGGGAUGUCUUCUUUUUGCAAUAUUAACAUGAAUGUCUUCUUUUUACAAUAUGAAAGGUAUGUCUUCUUUUUUCAAUGCUAAAGGGAUGUCUUCUUUUUUCAAUACUAAAGGCAUGCCUUCUUUUUAAAUAUACUGAAGGGAUAAUCAUGUCUUCUUUCCCUUCUUCUGGGCCUUGGUGCAACGGUUCCAGCGCCGCGUAUAAUCACCAUAACCAAAACUUUUGACCGUAGAGUAAAAGACGUAUUUUUUUUUCUGUUGAAUGUAUA